UACCACCGCGAAAUCGAGGGCACAGAAAUUGAAUACUACAUAAACCACACGCCAGUCAUCUUGUUCGAACCUGGCGUAUCAAUUAGAAGCGAUGUUUGAAUUAAAAGAGAGCAGUUUUGUGCGCGUGUAAACAGACUCAAGGCGCAGUUGUGUUCAUAUUGGUAAAUAAUGCAUAUGUUAUUCGCGUGUCCAUAGUACUUACGCAUAUACAUUGCAACUUCGUGUGAAGGAUGGCGGAAACUGAGGAUAGAAGCAAAGUGAAAAAGAAGUGUCAGUGAUUUUUACAUGAAUCACAUUUAUCUUGAAUGGAUCAAGACGCCACUGUCUUCACCUUAUGUUCAGCAGCUGUAAAUGAUGAGAAUCAUUUUAAUUGUGAAGAAAUAAAUGGUCUUACUCCACUUAAUGAUACUUUUGCAGACUUGGAUGAAAAUAAUAGUGACACUAACAGUCGCAAUUGCUCAACUCCAGACAUUCGCUACCCAGAAAAUAUUGGCAGCCACUUAGAAGUCAUGGGCAUUGAAAAUACCUGGGUUGAUGAUGGCUUCACCAGUCCUCCAAAUUCAGACUAUGCUAUACCACUACCAGCACCAACUGGGUUCGAUGAUGUGUCAUGCUUGGAUGCAGCACAAAACACUGAAAGUGGGCCCUUCCCUGAGACCGACUUAGGGAUGCUUUUUUCAAACGAAAAUGAAACAUCAGAUGAUGUGAAAGACUCGUCAGCAUCACCUGGAGUUUGUGGACUGCGUAACCUGGGAAACACGUGCUUUAUGGCAGCAGGCCUUCAGUGCUUGGCAGCCACACCCUCUCUAGUCCAGUUCUUUCUAUCCAGAAAUGCAGCUGUCAAGGAUGAUCCACAUUCCUUAACAGAUCAGUUCUCUCUUCUCAUUCAUAAAAUGUGGAGUGGCCAAUGGGGUGUAAUUCGUCCAUUUGAAUUUAAGCAGGCUCUUGGAUUCAACCAUCCACAAUUCAAGGAUUACAGACAGCAUGAUUGUCAAGAAUUUCUUGCACUGUUACUCGAUAACCUUCAUGAACAACUCAACACCGCAAGCAACAAAAGUGAACACUCGGAUGUAUCUACUGCUCCAGCCACUCCACAUAGUCAGUGUGAAACAACAGAUGACAGAGAUUCUGCUAGGAAGCUUGUUGUCGAACACAUUGAUCCUGAAAUUAUUACACAGGGCACUUUAACUACAGACAGUAUGAAGUCAAAUCACUCAUCAUCUUCAGGUAGUUCUGACAGUUCGGGUGAAGGCAGGAACCUUUUCAGAAUGCAGCAAAUUCCAGAAGGGGUUGUUCCAUUUCAAGAUACAGAACCAUAUACUGGAGAUCUGGUGAUGGAAGUGACGGAAGAUAGCGUUGAACAUAAUUAUGAAAGAUCAGAAGGUGACAAGGAAGAUUCCUCUUUUGUUUCAAAUCCUAACUGCAGUGACAGCAAUUCCAGUUAUAACAUAAUUUCCCAUAAUUCAUUGAAGAGGAAUGGAAAAAUCCCAGUUGCAGAAAAAGUGUUGGAAAAGAAUGUUGUUGCAAGCCAGUUAAAUAAUGUGGCACAGGGUUUUCGAGGAUUACAGGAUAUAUUAAAAGACGCAAAGACAUCAAAUGUUAAUGUACUUGUCACUGAAGAGGAAGCUAACAAUGAACUCCGUUUCGAUUCAGAAAAGUAUCCAAAACAUGAAAGUGCGAGGAGAAGAGACCCUCUGGAAAACCCUAAUCUUACAGAGUUCCAUAAUUUUGAUUGUAAAACUGUAAGUGUGAAAAGAAUAAAGGAAACAAACCUUCUGCAAGAGACUGUUGAAUCAACUUCAGAGUAUGUAGUGGGUUAUAAUCUAGAAUCAAGUAGGUGUUUUAAUAAUAUCAAACGAAUGAAGCUGGAAGAUACAGAGAAGAAUUUUCGAAUGGAGUGUGAACGGAAGAUGAGAGACUUGGAUACAACUGUAGCAGAAGUGGGCAGUUCUGCUGGUCACAGUGAAGAUGCAGAAGUUCCAUCAACAUCAACUUCGGUAGCCCUCAGUGAUGAAAUAGAAGCUGAUAAACAUUGGGAUAAGCACCUUAGUCUCAACCAAAGUGUUAUUGUGGAUUCAUUCCAGGGUCAGUUCAAAAGCACUGUUGUCUGUUCAUCGUGCAAGCAUGUGUCAGUUACUUACGAACCUUUCAUGUAUUUAUCCGUCCCAUUGCCCCACGCAAUGGAGCGACAAAUCUGUGUUACUUUUGUGUCGGCUGCAAAUGAUAAAGCUGUAAAGUAUUUGUUGACACUAAACAAACAAGAAAGAGUUGUCAGAUUGAAAGAAGAAUUGCUCAAAUGCAUGGGCAAAGAUGCACCAAAGCAUGUGGCUUUAGCCGAAGUUUUGGAUAGUCAUAUAGCUAGGAUACUGGAUGAAAAUUCUUUCCUAAGAUAUGUUAAUGAUACAAAUCGAUCCAUAUAUGCCUUUGAGCUGUUGUUGCCGCCAUGUAGUCAACUUGUUAGUACAGCAAUUGAAAAGGAUGAAACCGAUAAGGUGACCUGCAUGCCUGAUGGCUGUGUGGAAAGAGGUGACUCAGCAACUGCUGCACUGGAUCUUACAGAAUCUGUAGCGGAGGAAGGCUGUGCGGGUGACCUGAGUGUUGGGCUGGGGGGAGCCUUUACAAAGCUCGUUUCACAAACCACUGAUACAGGCGAUCCUUUGGGCCCAUUAACACAAGAAGAUUUCGAGAGGUUGGUUUCUGAGAGUUCAGACACUCUCAUCAGUGCCACAGCUGCCAAACCACAUUCUACUGUAUUGGGGUUAACUGCUCCUGUUAAUGAAAAGGGAGAUGGCUGGAAGAGCUGUGCCAUCUGUCUCGAGGAAAUGGACUCCAAUCUUCGUCGACACGUGUCGUGCAGUUGUGUGCUGUGCGAAUCAUGCAUAGAGGCAUCGUGCAAACAUUAUGGAGGUGAUACACUGAACUGUCCUGUGUGUGGUGUAACUGUGAAACCAGAGACAGAAUUUAUUGAACUGGACAAGCUUGGAGACUUCAAACCCACAAUAAGACUGUUAAAUGUUCCGGUUGUUUUCCGAUUGGACACUGACGGAGAUGGGAAUAACAAUAAAAAGAAAAUGAGGCUAUUUGGCCAUCCAAAUCUCAUUCGUCUUCCCAAUCGCCUCUCAGGAAAGGAACUGCAUGAUGCACUAGAUCGCCUUGUUCCGUAUAAGCAGCCAUACUCUGUUCUGCUUGUUGAUGGACAGGGUUACCAUUGCUCACGAUGUAUAUACACAGUCCAUUGUCGUGGAUGCAGAAUAGAGUCUGAGGGAGAGGUGCAACUGCAAACUGGUGACACUUUGGCUGUACGGUUUACAGACUCUGCACCAGAACCCGAAGCUCCAACAGUUGAGCAUCCCAGUAUGGCCACUUUGCGUUGUCAGGACCCGCUGUCGCUGUAUGACUGUUUGCAUGCAUUUAGUGAGAGUGAGCAGUUAGAUGAGCAUAAUCCUUGGUACUGCCCUGUUUGCCAGAAAAACCAGUGUGCAACAAAGACAUUGUCUGUGUGGAGAUACCCAGAUUACCUAAUAGUUUACCUGAAGAGAUUCAUCUUUCAUGAGAGCAUGAGCAUGAAGCUUGAAAACAAAGUAACAUUUCCACUGUCUGGCCUCACAGUGACAUCACCAUAUGUGCUACACCAUGGUGUGACGCUUCCAUACAAUCUUUAUGCCUGUGUCUGUCACUUUGGAGGAGCUUCUGCAGGUCAUUAUACAGCAUACACAAAAAAUCCAAGGACAAAUGAAUGGCACUAUUACAAUGAUGACAUUGUAACUAAACAGAAACCGCAAGAAGAUGAUUAUAGCAGUGCAUAUAUAUUGUUCUACCAGAAACAAGGUGUCUCUCUUGAAUUGGGUGUUCCAAAGAUGAUGCUAUCAGAAGAAAGUCCUAAACCAAAUAUUGAACAGUUGAUUCUGGAACUAGACUCAUCAGUGGAUCAAGAUUGGCCUUAGUGUUGGCAAGGCUUUGUUUAAUCUAUUAAUUUCAGGGUUACGGCUGUGUUCCAAGUAUUACAGAUUAUUGUUAAAAAAAGUGAAUUUUGGAAUGUUAUGGUAAAUGAGUACAUAUAAACUUGUUAUUACAUUUCAUGCUGAGUUUUACAUGUUUUCUCAUUUAGUUUGUAGCAUUUUUGUGUAGUGUUGACAUAUAGUUUUACUGAGGCUUAAACUUAAAAGUACUGAUAGUGGUCAGAACCACAAAGUAUGGAUGUGUAAUUUUUAUCUGAAAGUAUGACUGGUUGGUUCACUUUUUUAAUUAAAUAUUGUAGAAUAUUUCUUCAGAUUGGUGAGUGUAAUAGAUGACGUUUUAUAAUGUGAUUGUCAAAUGUGGAUGUUAAGAGGCAUACUCUGUAAUGCUGUUAGAUAAUUUUAGAAGUGCCUCUAGUCCCUGUAUGUAUUAUUUUUAAUCCUGGAUGGCAGAGUCAUGGCCUCUGCUCAUUUAUGGUGUUACUGUGUGACUGAAAGAGAUCUCUCUCAAUAUUUAUGUAAAGGCUGGCAUUCUGCCUUACUGCCUGUCCAGGAGUGCUGCUGGUGUCAGUGUGUUUAAUAUUUGUAUAAAUUUAUUGACAUAUUUGUGCCAGGAACUACAUAAAAACUGUUAUCAAGAAACUGGUGUAGUAUGUUGCUGUCAGUGUCUGGGCAUGUAUUUCAGUACUUGUUGACAAGGGACAGUUAAUUAAAUGCUAAAAGCUUAGAAGAAUAUUCCACGGUACUUCAAAACAUUGGAAUGUAUGUGCACAUCUAAGAAUUGAUAUAGAGAGAAAGAUUAAUUUGCUAGUGAAAUUGUAUGCGCAGAAUGUGAAAUUGUAAAGGUAAGGUAGUGUAUGUCUGUAGUUUGUUGUUUUCUUUUGUUUAAAGCCAUCAAGAAAAAGUAAUUGAAUGGAGAAAUAUUAUGAGUAUUGCAUGCUAAAGAAGCUGCCACAACAAGUUUCUUCAGCUUAUUUUCCACACUUCUCUAAAAAUAUAAUACCUUGAAGUAUCUCCUUUAGGAGGAAAAUAUUUAUUCUAAAUGUCAGUUAAUAUUUAUUCAAGAAACUUUUAAUUGAAAGUUUCUCUAAUUACAGCACUGUUACAGAUUGUCAUACUGAAUGUCUAUCAGAUCUUCAAAAAUGUGUGGCGGUGUGCAUUUACCAGUUAACAGCUUCCUGGCAAACAGUUUUCAUAAUACAUGCUAGUAUGAUCUUAAUGAGCUCUGACCAGUGCUGGCCAAAUGUACAGUUAUCUAGUUCACGCUGGAAAGUUGUAAAUAUAAACUGUGUGCUUAUAUGAGUAGUGCUCCAUACUGUCCAUAAGGGAGCCAUUUGACAUUUCACAAGACCAAAGAACUAAUGAAGUGUUUCAUGUGGCUGUUUAAUCAUGCAGCAUCUACAGUUGUUCCAUAUGAGACUGCAGAAUAGCUGAAUAUCUGUAAAGAGUACCUGUUAAUUAUCUUGACUUUUUGUUAUUUUCUUUUUCAAAAUUACAAGUUUUCCUACUGUUUGUAUUAUAUAUAUAGCAGAUGUGUCUUGCUCAGAGAUGACAAGGUCUAUGUUCUCUCUGAAGCUUUUUAAUGUUUUAUAAAAAAAUAAAAUAACAUUACAUGUA